AAUGCCGGUUAUCAGCAUUUCUCUCCUCACGACCUGUCAUGCUGACAGCUCACUGAUCAAGUCAGUGCCGCCUAUCUGUGCCAGUCAGUGCCGCCUAUCAGUGGCACCUAUCAGUGCCAUAUAUGAGUGCUGCCUUUCAGUGCCCAUCAGUGAUGCCUGUCAAUGCCCAUCACUACCACCGACCAGUGCCUCCUCAUCAGUGCCACCUAUCAGGCCCAUCAGU